UGCUCCCGUCUCACCAGCCAUUUCAAUUUUCAUCAGCACCAGGCCUUCAACUUCAAGUUGUCUCACUUGAGCAAGGCGCGAAACAUUGCUAGGAAUCUCUGCUAGGAAUCUCAAUCACAGCUAGAGGGAGGGAACUUUACUGUUUGCCUACCUAGCUUCAAGUUGUCGUCUGAGUCUUCCAGUUCUCAAUGUCGGCAGGCCGCCUGUAGGGUGCAAGAAGCGGUACAUUGUGAUGGCCCGCACCAAAGCGACCGCGCGGCGGGAGUUCUCCAAGCGAAACCCUGCGUCCUCUUACGGCAUCCAGAGGGAUCAAACCACUCUGCAGAAAGCGCAACCGACCAAGACAAGCAAUGCCAAAAAGAAAGCUGCAACCAAACCAGCUGCCAAGCCGGCAAAAGGGGGAAGGAAAGCUUCUACAAGUGUUGUUGGAGAGUACUCUCUGAAGGUGACCGAGGAGCGCAGCAGCGGGGGCAUGUUUGGGAGCUACGAGGCGGAUGAUGAAGAUUCGGAGGAGUAUUCCAUGUCCGUAUUUGAAAGCGGGGGGCACACCUGGGCGCGGUUUGAGCUGGAGACUGUGGAGGGUUGUGCCAAGUUCGGAAAGCGCACCGUCAGCAAGGGGCAGACAACGUAUGCUUACCAAUGGCGCGGGCGGGAGACUGGCGAAGGCGAGAUUCAGUGCGCCAGCGAUCAAAAGGGCACGUUCAAGUUCCACGGCGAUAAAAUCGAGGGAACGAUGAAGACUCCUUUUGGUGAUCUCAUUCUGACGGGGGAGAAGGUCUCAGACGAGCCCGAUGAGAAGAGUGCGUCCAUGUGGGACUACUGCACCGAGGAGCAGCAUGAAGUGGAGCGCGUGAAUAGGUGGAAGUGAUGAGGAAUCUGUGCAAUUGUCAGCUAGUAUUCUUAUAGAGGAAAAGCGAGCCUGGAUAAAUUUUUUCCACGUUCUUGAAUCUUACUUAAUGCGGCAAGUCUUGACAGUACCAUCUUGAGAUCGAUUUCAAAGGUUAGCAGGUUCCAGUACAUGGUAGGAUUGAUUGCUUGAAACUGUACAUGGUAGGAAAGUUCGCUCAGUGCGGAACCGGCCGCGAGUUUUGUAGCUCACGACCAGAUUCUUCCAAGAACGUGGAACAUACAUGGUCGAUCAGAACUGUUCUAAUGCGCGAGGCAUUUCAGCUGGGCAGACGCUAAGCUUCUGCCUUUUUCGAAAGGACGUCAUUUGCAUAACCCUUUCGAAG